UUUACUUCAGAAACUCAAAUGAUACACUUGGCUCUACAGUUCAAGAUGAAUUGAGUCUUUCAAACGAUUAAGAAGAAAAGUCAGACGUCAUGUGAAAAUUUACGCCGAAGCGACAAAGGGAGAGCAACUAGUACUCAAGAAAAGAUUAUCACAAAUGACGUCAUCGCCUAUUGAUGAAAGCGGCGCUAUUAAAUUGAGAACAUGUUAACUUUUCAACUACAUAGAUAGUUGUGACACUUAUAAUUCAUAUCAUGUCACGUGAUACGCUAGAUUUUUUGCAUCAUACCGAGAGGAAAUACACAUUGUUAAAUUGGAUUCUGGACAAGUGCUAAUAGAUAACAAAUUUAACAUGUGCACUACACAAGAUCAUAUCAAGAUGACUACAGAACAAUUACUGGAUGUCAGUGAUACGGUGUACAUUGCUUUCGACUUAAUAUUAAAUUGCUUUUUGUCCUUGUUGCUUGCUAUGCUAGGUUUUGUUGGUAAUAUCCUGAAUAUUUGUGUUUUGUCUCAACAAGGAAUGAGAGAUACAACUAAUCUACUGCUUCUUUAUCUGGCUGUCUCAGAUUUGAUCUUUUCUUUUUUAACUCUUGUUUAUAGAAUUCCAAAUGUAGUUUUUUAUUUUGAUAAACAUUUAUCUGUUUCUUUAAAAUAUUGCUACUUUCAGGUUCUUGAUUCCAUUAAACUUUUAUCUUUGUUUUGUAGCACAUAUUUUAUCACAAUGUUAUCUGUAGAAAGAAUGUUUGCUGUUUGUUUUCCAUUUCAAGUUUCUAGAAUUGUAACACGUUUUAGAAUCAAAAUAACUGCAAUGUGUAUAACUGUAAUACUUUUUCUAUUUCUGUCUCCUAUGUAUGGUUUUGCAUAUCUAGACACUGCCAUUGUAGACAAUGUCACUGAAAUAUGGAGAUAUGGAACACCUUUUUAUUUUGAUAAUUAUUCAUUUUUUUCAACUUUCUAUCUAAGUAUAUUUAUAAAUGUUUAUAGUAUGGGUAUUCCAAUUAUCAUUAUAACCAGUUGUACAAUAAUGACAAUAAUAAAAGUCAAGACGUCAUAUCAAACUAUACAAUGCAUGUCUGACACAGUACGAGUAAAACGGGUGCAAGAAAUUAGGUCAGUUAAAAUCAGUUUAUUUUUGUCGACUUUUUUAAUCCUGUUUGUCAUAGUUCCUCCAGGAAUUAUUGAAACGUUAUUGUUUACACGAUAUUCUGAUUUACGUUUAACCCUCAAGUCUGUAGAACUAUUGAUUUCUUCGGAACAAAUGAUUUAUGUACUGAACUCUUCAUUCAAUUUUAUUGUGUAUGUUAUUACUAGUCCUAAAUUCGCAAAGAAAGUAAAACAAAAAUUAUGUGAUUGGAAAUAGUAAAAAAAAAACUAUAUUAUAUACUUUCUGUCAUUCUAGCUACAUACGUUUCCUUUUUUAAAGAGAGAAAAAUCUAUUUAGUAUGCAUAUAAGUUAAAACAACAAUUAAUAAGUAGUGUUUUUAUAUUGGUACCACUAUGCUAAAGGGAAACGUUUCCUUGUUGAAGCUUUGAAAUUUAAAUUACCCUUAUACAAAACAAUUUAAUCAAUUAGAUAAUCAUUCAAUAACAUCCUUUAUGCCAGGUUCCCAUUUAACUAUCUAUACUAUAAAGUAUAAAGUAAGGCGCAUGUAUGUAUGUAUAUAUGUAUGUAUGCAUGUAUGUGUUAUGAAAAUUAUGUUCUGUAUCGGUUAUCGUUCUUAUGUUAACAUGUGCUUA